AUGGAGUCUUCCCAAGUUGCAGGAGCUGAACCAGAGAAAUGGAGUGGCAGUGAGUCUGGGUGGACAAUGUAUAUUGGCUCCCCAAUCCACACUCAAACCAAUGAUGUUGAUCAAAUUAGUGAUCCCAAAGAAGGGGGGGAGAAAAACAGUGACAAGAAAGCAAUUCUUGAAUAUUUUGAUGAUGAUGAGAGUGAUGACUCCAUGGCUUCGGAUGCCUCCUCUGGCCCAAUAAGUAGUCAUCAUGAAUUAGUACUUCCAUGUGAAGUUGGUGAAGGGGAGGGUAGGCUCAGGCAAGCAGCUAAGCAAGAUCAGCAUGGUAAUUAUUUCAAGUGUUCCUCAGGCAAGAAAGUAGGUUACAGAAAGUUGAAGAAAAGAGAUGAGAGAUUAGGGAUCAAAGAAGAGAAAGAGGAGGAGUUGCUACACAAGGCUGAUAGUGCUGGCAGUCAUGUUUGA